AAACUCAAAAAUCAAAAAAGCUAAAAAAUGCGUUGGAAAUUCCGUCCACUCUCUUUUGCAUCACUAGCCGUGGGCGAUUCAAGUCAAAGCGAGUUUGCUGGUUGUGUGAAGAACUUUUCGGGGAUUUUAGUUGGCAACAGACAAGUGCAAGUGUUGGAACACGAUUUUUGACGAUGGCUUCCGUUUCGAUCCAUUUCCGCAACAUUAUCUAGGAAAAUAGUUGGAAUUAAAACGCGAAAUUGUUGUUUUGUGUUUGAACGGUGGGGGCAAUUUUCAAAGUUGAAACAGGCAAAGGCAAGUCUUACACCGGCAUUAUUUGGAAAAGAUUAAAGAUGUUUCAAACCUCAGCAUUAUUUCUGUGCGUUAUUCUUGCGUUCUCCUGCGCUGCAGGUUUGGAGACUUCGGACCUUGAGGCAAAUGUCAACUCCCACAACAAAGUUGUCGUUUGCUACGUAGCAGGAUGGUCUGCAUGGAGAUCUGCUAAUGGUGAAUUUGUUGCUAAUAAUAUUGACCCCAUGUUGUGCACACACAUCAUCUACGCAUUUGCUGUCAUGAAUAAUGUCAGCCAUUCAAUUUAUAGUCCCGACACUUAUCUUGAUACAGAAGAAACUGGUGGCAGAGCACAGUACAAAAAAGUCGUGAGCUUCAAGCAAAAGCAGCCAAAACUCAAAGUUUCUAUUGCCAUUGGUGGAUGGAAUGAAGGAUCUGGGAAAUAUUCCGACAUGGCCCAGACGCCUGAAACCCGUAAAGCUUUCAUUCAAAGUGUUUUAGCUUUUAUCAAGAAACAUGGUUUUGAUGGAUUGGAUAUGGAUUGGAUGUAUCCUGGAAGCCGGGAAGGAUCCCGCGUACAAGAUAAAGAGAAUUUCGCACUCCUACUUCAAGAAAUGCGAGCAGAAUUCGAUAAAAGCGGACUACUUUUAACAGCGGGGAUAAGUGCGAAACUUGAAGUCAUCGAUCUUGGUUACGAUGUUCCAGCAGUUAGCCAACAUCUUCACUUCAUUCACGUCAAGGCAUUCGACUACAACGGACAGUGGAAUAAUCAAACGGGACACAAUGCCCCGCUCAGGUCGCCAGUCAGCAGCAGUGUGAUAGAACCCAAUCUUCGUCGCAGUGUAGAGGACACAGUCAAAUAUCUGCAGAAACUUGGUGCAACACCGGAAAAAUUGGUAAUCGGCGUUCCAUUUUUCGGGAGAACAUUCAAUCUUGUCGAUAGAAACUUGCACGAAAUCGGUUUUGCAUCGAAUGGAUCUGGAUUUCAAGGACCGUACACUACUGAAGAUGGAUUACUUGGAUACAAUGAGAUCUGCAAAGAGCUCACUAAAAUUCAAGAAGGUGAUAAGUGGGUUGAACAAUGGGACGAUGUUGCUCAAGUCCCUUACAUGUACAACGGCAACAAAUGGGUUUCAUAUGACAACGAGAAAAGUGUUGCCGUGAAGGCUCGCUACGCGUUUGAUCAAGGACUUGCUGGACUAAUGAUCUGGUCUAUAGAUACCGACGAUUUCCUGCCAGAAUGUUCCAACGUCAAAUACCCAUUAUUGAGAGCCAUUAAUUCCGCAUUCAAAGCAGCUUACAUAGAUAAACAAGAAAAGGUCAAAAUGAAAAUUAAAAAAGUGGGAGAACCUGAGAAUCCAGUGGAAGGAUCCAACGUCAUUUUAAAUUGUUACAUUGAAGGGUAUGAUUGUCCUUAUCCUCCAAAGUGGUUCUAUCAGAACAGCAGUGGGGACUAUCACCCACUAACUUUCACCAAUACAAGCUUGAAGUUGAUUCCAGAAGCUGCGAUUCAAAUCUCUGAGCAACCAAACAAAGACAUUCAAAUAAAGACAGAAGGAUCUUACGAUAUCAGCAAAGAUUUCUAUGUCUAUAACAGCACCCUCGACUUGAAAAACGUAACCAUGGAUACGCCCUAUACAAAAUUCAAAUGCGAAAUAAACGACACGGUUAAAGAGAUUUCAUUCACAGUUCAAGAACUAAACAACGACCCAGUGUCUAAUGCAAUUGCGCUAAACAAAGGGGAAGUCCAGAAUUUGACUUGCAAUCGAUUGUCUCAUGUUCCUGUUCAAUGGCUCAAGGAUGGAAAGAAAUACACCGGUCCAGUCUACGAGAAUAAAACCGCGUCUGUUUUGACACUAGAUGGAAAAGCAAAUGAAUUGGGAACGUACGAAUGUCGAUGGAGCAACAGCAGAGGAGAGGCAAGACAGAGAAACUUCACCGCCAGCCUCUCGUUCAUUGAUAACACAAAUAUCAUCAUCGUAUCGGCAACUGUUAUUGGAUUUCUUGUAUUAGGAAUAGGAAUCGGGAUUAAAUUUUACCUCGACAAAAAAAGGGAAUUUCAUAAAAUGCUGAAUGGAGAUCCAAGUAAAAUCGACCCGGAAAUGCCGAUGGAAUACCAAUCGGAAUUCCUUCCCUACGAUAGGAAAUGGGAAUUUCCGAGGAAACGGCUCAGACUCGGUCGAGAACUCGGAUCCGGAUGUUUCGGUCGAGUUGUUCAAGCCGAGGCCGUGGGCAUCCAAGACGCCAACGAAACUUCGACCGUGGCCGUUAAAAUGAUCAAACCGACGGCCAAUUCUAAUGAAGCUUUGGACGCUCUCGUAAGAGAAUUAAAAAUUAUGAUCUAUUUAGGGGAACACUUGAAUGUCGUCAAUUUACUGGGGGCCUGCACCAAAACCAACAUCAAAAGAGAAAUUCUGGUCAUUAUCGACUUUUGCGAGUUCGGCAAUUUGAAAUCUUAUUUGAUUAACCACCGCGACAAUUUCGUGAACCAGUUGAGCGAUUCAGGAGAUUUGCAAUCCGAAAAUGAAACGACGGAAAUGGACAAAGCCACUAGAAAUGAAAAAGUUGCAAAUGAAUUAACCAAUGCUACCAAUGCAAUUCCGGAAAAUCAGCUUGAAAAUACGCCAGAACCGAGACAGACCCAAAAUUGCGGAGAAGACUCGAAUGCAACUUUCAAUCAAAUUAUUAAAACGAGCGAUUUAAUUUCAUGGUCGUUGCAAAUCGCUCGAGGGAUGGAAUUCUUAGCCAGCAAAAAGGUUCUGCACGGAGAUUUGGCGGCCCGCAAUAUCCUUUUAGCCGACGGCGGAAUCGUCAAAGUCGCCGAUUUCGGAAUGGCGAGGCAAAUGAAGGAUUACGAUUACAAGAAACAGGGAGAUGAAUUAUUGCCUGUUAAAUGGAUGGCAAUCGAAUCCCUGACGGAUCACGUUUUUUCCAGCCAAUCGGAUGUCUGGUCCUACGGGAUUCUCUUAUGGGAAAUCUUUUCCCUUGGCAAAGUUCCAUAUCCAGGAGUGGAGAACGCCUUUUUACUCUCGAAUCAAAUUCUAAACGGAUAUCGAAUGGAAAAACCAAAAAACGCCCCAAAUUUCAUUGGGGAAACGAUGACAAAGUGUUGGCAAAAAGAUCCAAAGGAAAGGCCAACCUUUUCCCAACUGGCCGACGUAAUAGAAAAACAAAUCGAGUCCGUUGUCGGCUUCGAUUAUUUGAAUUUAUGUGGAUCGGAUAAUGAAAAUGGUCUAAUCAGAGAAAUAUUCGAUCCUACUCCAACAAAUCGUCUGGAAAUUGUCAAAUUUUUAAACGAGACAAAGCAAUCGCAACCAACAGAGGGAAUAGAAAACCUUAGUUUCUUCAGUGAAUCUGAAGUCAAAUAGAGCCAUUUGAUUUAAACAUUGGUUUCUUCUUCUAUUGUGCACAAAAAAAAGUAACAUGAAAGAAUCUUUUUAAUUGCAAACCAAUCCAACAUGAAUAAAUUGUGUUCAACCUUUCGUGUUCGACAAAAACUGUUUGAAAAUGUCCCCCCCCCCCCACCUCAUUUUCUUCAUCAAAACCCAAACAGAC